UCGGUGCUUUCUGCCAUGUAACGCAAAAAACUCUCCCCCUUCUCUCUCUCCCGAAAACAUGGAAUCCAAGGGCAAAGCUAUGACACCACAACCAACACCAAUAACUGUCCCCCCUCCAUUCUCUAGCUCUCCAUCUUCUUCUCUCUCACCUCCCCAAUCCUCUCAAAGCUUGUCUCCACCUUCUAAAUCUUCUCCGGUUUUUCCAUCAUCUUCAGUACAGUACUUUUCUUCUCCUAAUACUGAAAUUCCUCCCUCUCCUCCGCCUGUUGUUCUCAGCCCAUGUGCCGCCUGCAAGAUCCUUCGCCGCCGCUGUGGGGAGAAAUGUGUUUUAGCUCCAUACUUUCCUCCAACUCAUCCACUUAAGUUCACCAUUGCUCACAGGGUCUUUGGAGCGAGCAACAUCAUCAAGUUUUUGCAGGAAAUUCCGGAGUCCCAGAGAGCAGAUGCAGUGAGCAGCAUGGUUUAUGAAGCAAAUGCCAGGAUUCGAGACCCAGUCUACGGUUGUGCUGGUGCAAUUUGUCAACUUCAAAAACAAGUUAGCGAGCUUCAAGCACAAUUGGCAAAGUCGCAAGCUGAGCUCGUCAACAUGCAAUACCAGCAAGCCAAUUUGGUUGCUUUGAUUUGCAUGGAAAUGACAAAAUCUCAGGAGUACUACAACAGCGUUAAUGAGCAAUUACAAGUUAUACCAUCUGUUGAUACAGGAAGUCUUUUAGAGGAUAACAAUUUGGCCUUGGCUUGGGAACCUCUUUGGACAUGAUCAUCUUCGAUCAUGCAUCAACAGCUGAAUGAAAAUUUUCAGUCAACUUUCCAGCAGGUGCU